GCAGAGAACAGACAAAACUUGUGAAGCCAGUGAAAGAAUACAAAGCAACAUGGAAGUAGCAGAAGAUUUGCAGCAUACCCUAAAUCUGGUACAACCAACAAGUAUUCCCUCUUUAGUGCUAUCCAAAUCACUGGUGGUGGGUGUAUCCAUUGCUCAGAUCACCAUAGGUGCAAAGUAUCUAAAGGAGUGUACUGUGCAGAACUACAUCCCUGUGUAUGUGCUGGUGUCUGGAGUGUUUAACAUGAUUAUGGCCCUGUUUGCCUGCCUUCCCUGUGGUCAGAAAGAUAAUUCAACACUGAAGAGACUCUCUUCCAUCUGGAACAACCUGGUGUCUGGCUUCACAAUCUGCUGGUUCAUUGCUGGCAGUGUGUGGGUCUACUCUAUCUACCCCCCCAACUACAACUCAACUGUGGUGGGUGAGCCCUACUGCAAUAAGACCCUCUACCUGUUUGCCUUCUGGACCACUACGCUGGUGUACAUCUUAUUUGCAGUAUUAAUAGUGGGCGGUUGCUGUUGUCUUGUAUGUAUGUGUGUACCCAAGUCAGAAGACCAGCCUGAACAAGUUACCCCAGCCUGACUAUUAUGUUAUAGAGAAAAAGCUGUCCCCUGUUUAAAAACCCUAAGUUUUACAUUUUCAUACAUGACAACUGAUUCAUAAACACUACUUAACAUAUUCAAGAAUGCUUCUCCUGAUGGUUCCAUCAGGGUCAGCCUUCCCUGGAUGCUUCCUGGAAGGCAGUGUUCCAGGAAUGUCUGAGGCUAUUUGGAAGAUAAAGUAAAGUAAGGUCUGACACCUUACUACAUACUUUCUAUGAAGUUUUCGAAAUGUGAAAAUAUGCUAUGUAAAUCCUCAGGCCAUU